AUGGCCCCUCAGAGACAGGCGACCCUGACACGGCCCAAGACAUACAAAUUGUCCUGGAAGGCUCUAUUGACCCUGCCGUUUCGUUUGUGUAACCCACCACCGGCCGUUGGAAAGGUCAGGUCCUGUGGUGUUACACCAGCGUUCAAUGUACGGCUCGAAGAUGUGUUGGACAGGAAACAUUUACCACCUCUUGGGCUAAAGGAUUUCGAGGAAUGGCUGCUAUACGUCGAGCUAGCCCCCGAAAAUCUUUAUUUCAUCCUCUGGCUCAGGGAAUACACCGUCAGAUACAGACAGUGGGAAACGGCAUCACGACUUCGACGGAGCGAAACUCCAGCCUACCUAGGUGUCUGGCCAAGACACAAUUCGUCCCAGCUCGCCAUGUUCUACGCCCGGGCAAAGCAAACAUUUCUAACGCCAAAUGCUAACCACGAACUCAAUCUCCCCUCGGAUGUCCUCGCUCCUUUCCACACAUCAAACGGUUCCCCGCAUCCAGAUCCCGCCGUAUUCAAUCAAGUAGCAGUUGAAGUCCAGAAAAUGCUUAAGGAAAGCCUCGAGCGCUUUGUCACCGCACAAUUCAACAAUGUCGGCAACCGUCGCGUUUUGUGUGGUUUGAUCGCGGGAGUUUUCUGCUGUUUAGUAGGCGCCGUCUUUCCCAUGGUUUACAACAUUGUCAAAGGGCACUCGCGGUGGUUGCGUCUCACCGCGUUACCAGGGCUAUGGUUGGGCAUUGCUCUAUUACUCACGAGUUUGAAUGGCGUCUGUCUUGCCAUUUACGUCUUUGGUGACUUGAGACAGCUCAAACGAUUUGAGCUUUCUAGGCCGCCCAUCUCGAAGCCUCAGCCACUGUACAGUUCGCGUCGACGCCCGAUAGCGGGGUCACCAAUCUCCACGGCUUCUCCCCCUCCACCCGUUCUCACACCACCGCCAAUGGCUCACAUUGAUUCCUCGCGUCCAGACUCUAUGAUUACCAUCAGCUCGUCGAUAUGCUACGAUCACUCUCAUUCGACGACAGAUCUGUCAUGUGAAGGGUCAGAUAUGAUUCGCAUUUCUCCAGCUUACUACGAUGCAGAUCCCAUCGAAGGCCCAGCAACGUCCCCCGUUUCUAUUCACAAACCGGGCUCAGGCUUUUCUGAUGAGGAAGAUAGCAGCGGCGAUGAGACAUAUGGAUCUACCGCUCUUUUCAUCCACCCAUUCGACGGCUCUACAGAGGACAUCAGCGAUUACGAAUUUCCCAGCCCAAACAAAUCUCUUCCAGAAGAGCUCCAGCGGAUAUCAGAAUUCAACUUUGACACCCUCCCCAAGCCUAAACACACACGUACUGAUUCCGUAUCCGUAUCCCCGUCUCCACCUCCCAAACCCGGCGUGCUCUAUAUCGAACCCGAGACGCCCGCUCCCGAACUUGGAAAAUCUCCAAAAGCCCUCAUCCGGCGGAUUCAGUCCAAAUGCAGUAUCAACAAAUGGAUGGUCAUCGUUGGUGGAACGCCAGAGGAUGAUUCGGAGCCUUCUUCGCUUGCGUCUUCAGAUGAGAAGCUUCCGGUGCACGACACCGUGGUCAAACCCAAGGUGGAAAGGCGGGCGAGAAAGACGGACGAGUCCUUAAUUCGGAAGCAGUAUAAGAAGGUCAAGGCCGUUCCCGCGUUUGCUUCGCCGCUGACGCGCGUGCUGAGCCCUGUGGUGGUGAGAGGCCAGUGGGAGAUCGUGGUCCGGUCUUUUUUGAUUAGCUGGCUUGUUAGUUGGCUGAUUGUGGGGAGCCUUUUGGCUGUCCCAGAGUUUUCGUAA